UGUUAUAGUUGAUUACAUUUUAGUAAAGAACUUUUCAUUAUUUAAUUCAAUGACACAUGAGCAUGUGGAGGCUGUUUAAGUAAAAGAUGUUCCUUUAUUUUUUAUUUUUUUUCUUCACUGAAAGUAUUUUGUACCAGGAGGAAGGGUUAUGAUUUAUCGACUAACUUCAUUCUAAAAGAAAGGCACUGUACAAUGUUAUAACUGCUAUUCCGUAUCGAAAGAUUCAGACAUUAUUGAAGAACGUACAGAUGUCCUUAGAGACACACGGUUUCGUAAAUGCUGGGAGUUAACUGUUGGUGAAGAUUACGUGUUGUACAUGAAAGUAGCUCAGUUUGAUUUAAGAACUGAAGACAUUUGUCAGACAACAAUAAGUUAUGAGCAUUAUUAUAGAACAACUGGACAGCCUUAUUUUGACAACAGAAGGGCCAUCUUGACAAUUGAGGAUGAAUUUAAUAACUUCAACUACACAUUUUACCCAUCAAAAUUCAAUUGGGAUCAAACAAUAACAAUAAGAGGAGACGCAAGAAUUACUUUGGAAGUAAAUAACCAAUACAACUGGUGCAUAGCCCACGAAGUAGCUUUUAGAUUGGAAUUUUCGAAAGUGACUGGAAUUGAGACUGUUGAAGGAAUAAAAGAAGCGAGAAUAAAGGUCUUCAAUAGGAUGUUAAAGCAACUUUUGCCUCCUUUAAAAUGGCAUGACGACAUAGAUAAAGCGGUUAUAGCUCUACAUUUAGGUGGUGUCUUGAAUUUUUCCAAAUCACGUGUAUUCGAAGAGCUGCUCAUUAAGCAAGUCGACCUCAAGUCGUCUGUAGCACUACUCAGGAACAAAUCAGAGGCAGUAACUCUUAACAAACUAGCUAAAAUAAUAAACAGUUUGCUUGUGACUUGUCACAACCCUAGAAAAUUUUAUGGCUAUGAUCUCAUAAAGAUGGCAAAAGAAAAACUUGAUGAGCCUUUAAUGAUACGAAGUCCACUGGCAUAUAUUGCAUUGUGCAAUGCAAAUGAAACCUUAAGUUACCUAGAAGUUGAUAAGCUUUUGUGGUCUGUGCGUGAGCAUCAAGUUAAUGAGGAAUAUCCUUUCAGCUCGGACAUCAGUGCCUUAGGCUUAAUGGCUCUUUCAUGCGUAAGAAAUCAAAGCUUUAAAAUAAAAGGAGCAUUCAAGGAGGAUUUUGACUUUCUUUACAAUGAAACACUCGAACAUUUAAAGAUGCAACAACAGACGGAUGGAAGCUUUGGAAACAUCUAUUCUACUGCUAUUUUCACUCAGGCUUUGAUGUCAAGCAAUUCUGCAAAUCAGUCGAAUGUUUCUGAUUCUGUGUUUCCAGCUGCAAGAUUUUUGAUAAAUCAUUUAAACACCUCUGAUUUCGGAUCGAUGGCUGCUUACUACAUUUUACCGAUUCUUAAUGGAAAAACCUUACUAGAUAUACGCUACACAGACUGUUCAAGAAACCCUAGAAAAGAUAGGGAUGGUAGCGGUAUUUCGGACAUCGUAGAAGCAAUGAUCAAAGUGCAGUAUUCAUUGAUCAUAGGAGACAAGGAAGAUAUCAAGAACACACUCUCUCUCAGAGUCCCAGAAAAUAUAACAGCAUAUGAAAUUAUGCAGAAAGCUCAAAACAUCGAAUCCAAAUACAAAUUCGAAUGGAAGAGAAUAUCUGGAAAGAUGUAUGUGUAUGAGAUAGCCGGCAUUCCAGUAGAUCCUGAAGAAGGACGUUUCUGGUUAACAUAUUACAAGAACAACACAAGUACAGCUUUAAUUCUUGUCCCAGAAGGUCCAGAUAACCUCCAACUACAUGAUGGUUAUCAUCUAAUCCAGUGGUACCAAAGUGUUCAUUUUUAAUUUAUUUCAAUCUCCAUUGAUGAAAUAGCUGUAGAAUUUCUAUGCAUGAAAUAAAUUAUACGACUUUUGAAGA